AUGAAGGAUGCUCUGUUGGACAAUACUACAAUGCCCAUUUUUGCUAUGUGGAGAGAUGGUAGUGUGACAUUUCCAAAUGCUGCCGCCCGCCGGUUGUUUCGCAAGAACGCCGACUUCGACCAAGCCAGCGACGGUUUCGAGCUGCUUUCGAAUUGGGCUGUUUACACCGACGAUUUUUCAAGACAGUUGGAGCCUGAGGAGUACCCUAUAUCAGUUCUUGUCAGAACACAGACGCCCUUUGAUGGGAUGCGAAUCGGCAUGCUUGGGGCUGAUGGUUCGAAAAUAGUCUUUGACACGUUGGGCGAAGCCAUACGCGACAACACCACUGGCGAAUUUCUGGCAGGCGUUGUGACUUGUCGGGAUGUCACAAAGAUGGCUCAGGAAAUCACUCAGAUCAAGGAGAAGGACGAGGAGAGAUUCAAGCUCAUCUGUGAUACUAUGCCUCAGUUGGUGUGGACGACAACACCCGAUGGCAUGCAUGACUUCUUCAAUAGCCGAUGGUACGACUACACAGGUCUUUCGGAAGAAGAUUCGCUCGGCUUAGGCUGGAAACACCCUUUUCAUCCGGACGAUAUGCCCGAAACAGUUAGACGCUGGAGUCACUCAUUGCGGACUGGGGAGCCAUAUGUCAUGGAAUAUCGUUGCCGAAGUAAGGAGGGCGAAUGGAGAUGGAUGCUUGGACGGGCUUUGCCAUUCCGGGAUCCAGAGACUGGAAAGAUCGAGAAGUGGUUUGGAACUUGUACAGAUGUUCACGAAACCAUGGAAACUAAAGAAGCGGCUAGAAGAACGCGACAACAGCUUCUCAGCGUUUUGAAUCACGCCCAGGUGACAAUAUUCACGGUGGACCGCAGUCAAAACGUGACUAUGCUCGAAGGUGCUCUACUUUGGGAUGCGGCCGGCAUGGAUCAUGAGGCCGGGUCUCGAUGGUACAUUGGAAAAAAUGUCCACGAUGUUUUCGGUCAUCUCCGGCCUCGAUUGCCGCAGGGUGAUAAUGCUGAAUUCCUGUCACCCAUAAAAGCCAUUAUCAAGGGAGAGACCUUAGAAGCCGUCCGGGAGCACGGCAUUAGUGAUCGAGCAUACAGGACACGCUUCCUGCCAAUCUUCGGGAAGAGAAAUACCGAUGGACGAAUUACUGAGAGCGCCGUCGAAGGAGUGAUUGGCGUCAUCAUGGAUGUCACAGAGCUAAAAGCUAAAGAGGCGGAUAUAGCCGUACAAGCAAAGGAAAAGAGACAGCUUGUCGAGAAUGAGGCUGCUGCCAAGGAGGCAAGCAGGUUAAAGAGCCAGUUCCUUGCAAACAUGUCACACGAGAUCAGAACACCAAUUACCGGCGUCAUCGGCAUGGCUGAACUACUCCUUGAUGUCGAGCUUCACGAAGAACAGCGCGAUUACGCCGAAAACAUUUAUCGAUCUGCUAACGCUCUUCUUACCGUCAUCAAUGAUAUUUUGGACUUCUCGAAGGUGGAAUCUGGACGACUCGAUAUCGAGGAGGUUCAAUUCUCCAUGUCCGUUAUUGUUAAGGAUGUGAGCAAGAUGUUAAGUUUUGCAGCGGAGAGGAAAGAUCUCGACUUCCAGAGAGACAUCGACCCUGAUAUCGAAAACGAUCUCAUUGUUCUCGGAGAUCCAGGUCGCGUGCGCCAAAUUAUUACAAACUUGCUGACCAACAGUAUCAAAUUCACCAGUGCGGGCCAUGUCAAAUUCUCCGUUUUGAAGGAAAAGGAGGACUUGAAUACUGUCGAAAUCAGAUUUGUGGUCGAAGAUACUGGCAUUGGCAUCGAUGAUGAACAGAUUGCCCUUAAAACGAUAAAGAAACUUGGUUUCAAUACAUCAGCUGCCUGGAAUGGAAAGGAGGCACUCGAAUACCUCACUGCUGCCAAAGACGGCGAUCAGAAAAAGCCAGAUAUCAUCCUGAUGGAUGUGCAGAUGCCUGUCAUCGAUGGGUACAAAUGCACACACGUACUUCGACACCACGCACCUUACAACUCUUAUGUCAAUGAUGUACCUAUCAUUGCAAUGACAGCAUCUGCGAUUCAAGGUGACAAGGAGAAGUGCAAGAAGGCAGGGAUGGACGAUUAUCUAGCAAAGCCAGUCAAGAGUAGAGUAUUGGAGCAGAUGCUCGUUCGUUGGAGUACUAGCAAGCGGACGGAGUCUCCAACGCGAUCCACCUCACAUGCAUCUAAUUGCUCUGAGAGCGGUGAUACUUGUGCCAAUGCCGAGAUUCCGGCCGUUGGUCUCGAUCGAACGUUUGAUACAUCAACACUGGAGGUUGAAGGCGUCCUGGAAGGUCGCAGAUCCAAUUCGAGUCUGCUUACGCCUCGUGGUCCGACACGGGCCGGAUCGUCGGAGAGUCAGAUGCAGUUGAAGAUUGAUGAACUCUCCUUGGCGGCUCCAGAACCACACCACGAGUCACAGGAUGAGCAUACUAGGCGACAGAGAACGGAUGAGAGGGCUAAGCAGGGCCGCGACGAUAAGCUGAUGCACGCCGCGGGCGGUGCAGGCGAGUCGCUGAAGCAUACGUCCGUACAGAGUGGCGAUUCGUUGACCGAAGCAAACGUGGAGAAGUUUACGCAGCAAGAGUCCAGGCGACGCCGCAAGUCGUAG